CUUUUGCUUAUUUCCCAGAAACCUUUGUUUCAUUUUGCUUUCGUGUGCGAUCGCGAGAGAAGAAGGGAGGAAAAAAAAAAUUAGGGUUUAUAAUCUGAAGGGCUGUGAUCAAACUCAGUUGUUCUUUCUUGGAGGUUUUAGUUUGCAAUCAUGAGUUCAAAUUCAUGGGCUGAUGUUUCUGAAUCGGAGAGGGCACCAUCUGGUGGUUGGGGUUAUUCUCGUCCGUCGCGAACCAACUAUGUUCCUCCACAUCUCAGGAGUCGUACACCAUCUUCGGAGUUUGCUGCUCCUUCACCUGGUAAUGAUCGUGGGGGAUAUGGUGGUCCACAUAGUGGUUAUGGUGGUCGAGGCCAAGGUUAUGCUGGUCGAGGAGGUGGUGGCUAUUCUGGUAGAGGAGGUGGUGGUGGCGGUUGGAAUAACAGAAGUGGAGGUUGGGACCGUAGGGAUACUGAAACUAACCCGUUUGGUAAUGAUGGAAAUGCAGACCCGGCUGUUACCGAGCAGGAAAACACAGUCAUUAACUUUGAGGCGUAUGAAGAUAUUCCCAUCGAGACAAGUGGGGAUAAUGUACCACCCCCUGUUAAUACAUUUGCAGAGAUAGACCUCGGAGAAGCUCUGAAUCUAAAUAUCCAGAGGUGCAAAUACGUGAAGCCUACCCCUGUGCAGCGUAAUGCAAUUCCCAUUUUGGCUGCUGGAAGGGAUUUGAUGGCUUGUGCUCAGACAGGGUCUGGGAAGACAGCUGCCUUUUGUUUUCCGAUUAUUAGUGGGAUUAUGAAGGAUCAGAAUAUAGAGAGACCACGUGGAGUUCGGGGAGUCUAUCCUUUUGCUGUCAUCCUCUCACCAACAAGGGAGUUGGCUUGCCAGAUACAUGAUGAAGCAAGAAAGUUCUCGUAUCAAACUGGAGUGAAAGUUGUGGUUGCUUACGGAGGAACACCUGUCAACCAACAGAUUAGGGAGCUUGAAAGAGGGGUUGAUAUUCUUGUUGCAACUCCUGGGAGAUUAAAUGAUUUGCUGGAGAGAGGUAGAGUCUCAUUACAGAUGGUAAGAUUUUUGGCGCUUGAUGAGGCGGACAGAAUGCUGGACAUGGGUUUUGAACCACAAAUCAGGAAGAUCGUUCAGCAGAUGGACAUGCCUCCUCCUGGUGCCCGGCAGACAAUGCUGUUCAGUGCUACAUUUCCUAGGGAAAUACAGAGACUUGCAUCUGAUUUUCUUUCAAAUUACAUAUUUCUGGCUGUUGGAAGAGUGGGUUCAAGUACGGAC